ACCGAUCAUUGGAUUUAUCAAACUCUACGCACAAUUAUACCAAACUAGUAUAGUUCAUCUUGUUGUUUCGUUGUAAUUUAAUACGCAAACUAUAAUAAAUAUAUAAUCCAAAUAAAGGUACCAACAAUUUGCUAGCCUCAACGUGGCGGUCGUCCAGCGCUGAGAGGAUCAAAGGAUGAACUAUAAACUUCCAUGUGUCGCAUUUUCAUCACGCCAAGCUGGGGGACACUAAGAAAAAAGCUAAAGCUAGGAGAUUUUUUCAUAAAUAUUGAAAAUUACGAGGGUACUUUCACCAAAGUAAAAAUUAAUCUGUUAUUCUGUUAUCUUUUUUGCGGUAAAUUCCUGUUUUCUUUUUUUUCUUAAUCUCUUGUUGUUGGUUUCACCAAUAAUGGAACUUCUCCACCAUUCUCGUCUGUUCCCAAGAAAAUCUUGAAACCGAGAAUAAGACGAAUCUCUAGAGAGAAUCACUGAAACCUCUGCUCUCUUUUUUCUCGGAUCGGUAGAGAUGAUGUCGAACCCACGUCUCUUGUUCUACUCUUGCAUUGCAAGAGGAACAGUGAUUCUCGCCGAUUUCUCUUCCAAGGACGAGCCAGAGAUCGAAGCUCUAGCUUUGCGAUGCAUCCAAAACGUGCCUUCUCAUCACUCCAUGAUCUCUCAAACUGUCCGUAAGAGAACAUACGCUUCGAUCAUAGACGGUUUGUUUACCUAUUUCGCCAUUUUAGACGAGGCCGCGACGAAAAAAGAGUCUCUCUGGCUCUUCACUCGGUUGAAAUCAGCCAUGGAGGCUCUGGUUUCAGACGGAUCUGCGUUGGAUAAACCGACACAACACUGUCUCCAAUCAAAACUCGAUCCUGUUUUCGCUGAGAUCGCUGGUGGUGGUAAUAAUAACAACAAGGAUUUGGAACCGGAGUUAGGUUUGGUUGGAUCACCGAGGGAGAUCAAGAAUCCGAGUCUUGAUUCAUCGAAAGAACAGCGCGCGUUGAAGCCGCUUCUGGCAAAGCCAUUGAUGGUGUUGAAGAAGAAUAAGAAGAGAGUUCAGACGGAGGCCAAGAUGGAUGUGGCAGGAGGAGUAAGCGUGAGUAAUAGCAGGGGAUUACCAAGAAACGGGUUGAUUCACGAUCAUCAUCAUAGACAAAAAGCCAAACAGAUUUGGAAGAAACAUGUGUGGGUUGUCUUGAUGUUUGAUGUCUGCAUAUGUCUUGUUCUGUUUGGAAUCUGGCUUUGGGUUUGUCAAGGGUUUCAAUGCAUCCAAGCGUAGAGGAUACUAUCACUCACACUACAGAGUCUUCAUCAUCAAAUCCAUCACUACCAAAAAAGAGCUUCUUCUUUUAUCAUGUUACUAAGUUAUGGUUGAAUUUUCUUUUUUAAAAUCCAAGGUGUUGUUUCCAGGGGCUAAAUGCUGGCUUUACACCUUUGUGAUGAUGUUUACUAUUGUGUGUGUGUUUUGUUUGAAGUUUUUCUUCAUGAUGCUAAAGAAAAAUAGUUUUUGUAAAAAGUAAAUGUAUCUUUCGUUUUCUUGGA